AUGGACCGCUACGCCGUGGUUCUCUCGCCGCAGAGCGCGGCCGGUCCCGCGUCCACGGAGGCCCCCGCGUCGAGUCCGGAGCCCAGCCCGCUCCCCCCUCCGCACAGGCGCCGCGCGAGUCGCACGCAGCCGCGCGCGGACCGGCCGUCGAGCUCGGUCAGGCAGGGGGGAAGCGGUAGGGCGUACAAUAGCGGCGUGCGCCUUCUCGGCGGCACAGGGGCGCGCGACAGGGCAGCGUCCGGUACGCGCGUUCCUGUUCGAGAGGCUGCUCGCGCGCCGGCGCCGUCGGGCGACAAGGAGCGGCGUGCGAGCGCCCCGCGGCAGACUCGGAUCACGGUCGAUGCGCAGCGGGGCAUGGGACUGGAGCGCGACCCGCCACGGGGCGCGGAGCCCGCUCCUGCUGGUCUGCGGCGCGAACAGCCCGGCUCUGCGGCGCGCCGAGAGCGCGAGAGCCGCUUCUUUUCCCCCCAGAUGUACGAGGCAGCGCGGCAAGCCUUCAUUGCGCGCGGAGGUGCCGCCAGGGACCACGCAGCCGGGCAAAUUCCCCGCGUGGCGAUCCACAACCCAAACAAGGUGUAUGGCCGGGACGAAGCACAGCAGCAGUUCCAGGCAGCGCCGCCGCAGCCGCCGUUCGACCCGCGGCAGCACCAGCAGUACAGCCCCCCGCCCUGGGCCGGGUGGCCGCCGCCACCGCCGUGGGCGGCCUGGAUGGCGCCGCCGCCGUGGCCCCCGUGGUGGGCAGGGGCGCCCCCGCCGACCGGCGCCGCGCAGGCAGCGCCGACGCCGCAGACGCAGGAGCAGCCGGCGGCGCCAGCGACCGCUGCCCGGCCGGAGCCCACGCCUGCCCCUUCGCCGGCAGCCACGCCGGCGUCUGUCAGGCCGCCCGAGACACCCCCCGCGGACGCCGAGCGCGACGCGCGCGCCCAGAGCACGCCUGUCACUACCGCGCAGGAAGACGAGCCCACACUCGGGGAGCCGAACGAUACGCCGGUCCCCGACGACACGCCCCUCCGCGAGCAGCCGUCGGGGAUCGGCGCGUUGAUCGACAAGUCGACGGAGGCCCCGCAGUCCCCGCGCCGCGACCCGCCGGUCCUCGUGACCAUUCCGGAGGCGUCCGUCCACAGCAGGCAGGCGUCGGUGACGGCCACGCCGCUCCGCGUGUCGCUCCGGGAGCCCGCGCCGGAGCCGGAGCCGCAGGCAGCAACACCCACGCCGCCAGUGGUGCCGGCCGCGAUCGACGUGCGGGCCUGGGGAGGCCCGGGCGGCGCCGCGCUCGUGGGUCCCAUCUGGAUGCCCGCGCAGGGCCCACUGUACGCGCAGCCGCCGGCUCCGCUCACGCCGCAGGCGCCACAAACGCCGCACGUGCCAAUGACCCCUCCCGCGACUACCCCCCACGCCGCGCCGCCGAACGACGCGCUGCUGGAGGAGCUCCGUGCGCUCCGCAGCGCGAUCGAGGGCAUCCGAGGCAGCACGGCGCCCCCGACGCCCGCGGCACGCACAGAGGGGCCCACGGAGGUCUCUGCGCCACAGACCCCGGGGGGACCUUCCACGGCGGACGAGCCCGCUGCGGCGCCGGCGGAGGAGCCGGCCGAGGCCCCUGAGAAGCCGUUCGAUCUCGUGCCGGAGGCCUUCGACGCAAUCCACGCCAAGAGGGACAAGGCGACCGAGGAGGCGUUUAUGAAGUUGAAGCAGAUGCAAGAAGACCUCACUAACAUCAAGCUCCCUCGACUCAACUUCGGACGCGACCCGGAGCCCCCGCUGUCGACCAGCUGGGAGCCCCUCGACCCGCGUGAUCUCGGCGGGGACCCCACGCCCCCGCAUAUCGUCGCGCAGGCGCUGUCGAUGGCUCCCGGCUGCGUCACUCGCGUGCGCACCAGCACCAUCAGCUCCCCGGCGAGCACGCGUGCGCCCAGCGUCGCGACGCCGACGCGGCCGCCCCCCGCGCCGCACCGUCCGGCGCCGCCGCCUGCGGGUCCGAGCCACACGGAGCCGCGGAGGGCGCGCACAAUCCAAGCAGUGCCCAUGCCGCAAUCCGCGAUUCCGACGAGGCGCUUCGCGCGGCCGAUCGUGCGCGUGACGCCGCCAGGAUCGCCGUCGCGCCAUAUGUGA